AUGAGUUUUUCAGGACAAUCAAAAGUUAAAAAUAAAUCAGCAGCACCAGUACAGAUUACUGCUGAGCAAAUUUUAAGGGUUGCAAAUGAAUCCCAACAAGCAUUACCAAAAUCAGCACCAAAACAAACCAUUACAGAUGUUGAAGAGUUAGAAGAUUAUAGAUUAAGAAAAAGACAACAAUUUGAAACAUCAGUUAAUAGAAAUUUAAAGACUGCAGCAGUUUAUUUAAAGUAUGCAGCAUGGGAAGAAUCACAAAAGGAUUUAACUAGAGCAAGAUCAAUUUUUGAACGUGCAUUGGAUAUGAACUAUCGUGAAAUUGUACUCUGGAUCAAAUAUGCCGAAAUGGAAAUGAGAAAUAAAAAUAUUAAUUUAGCAAGAAAUGUUUGGGAUAGAGCUGUUAGUUUAUUACCAAGAGUUUCACAACUUUGGUUUAAAUUCACUUUUAUGGAAGAUAUGCUUGGUAAUUAUCCUGCAGCUCGUGCAAUUUUCGAACGUUGGAUGCAAUGGAAACCAGAGCCACAAGCAUGGAACAGUUUUAUUAAAUUUGAACUCAGAUUAAAUUUAGCUGAUAAAGCAAGAGAUAUUUUCGAAAGAUAUAUUUUAGUACACCCAUAUAUUAAAACUUGGAUUAAAUAUUCUAAAUUUGAAGAAAAAUUAGGAAAUAUAGAAAAUGCAAGAAAUAUAUUUAAAAGAGCAAUUGAAUUUUUAGGUGAAGAUGCAAAUGAUGAACAGUUAUUUAUAGCAUUUGCAAAGUUUGAAGAAAAGUAUAAAGAGGUUGAAAGAGCCAGAAUUAUUUAUAAAUAUGCCAUUGAUCAUGUACCAAAAAAUAAAGCUAAAGAAUUGUUUGAAACAUUUACAAAUUUCGAAAAACAACAAGGUGAUAGAAUUGGUAUUGAAGAUGUUGUUAUAGGUAAAAAAAGAUUCCAAUAUGAAGAAGAAUUAAAAAAAAAUCCAAAAAAUUAUGAUAUUUGGUUUGAUUAUUUAAAAAUGGAAGAAAUUAAUGGUGAAAUUACAAAGACAAGAGAAAUUUAUGAAAGAUCAAUCGGUAAUUUACCCCCAACCAAAGAAAAGAAACAUUGGAAGCGUUAUAUUUAUUUAUGGAUCAAUUAUGCAUUAUUCGAAGAGUUAAUUUCAAAAGAUAUUGAUAGAACAAGACAAGUUUAUAAAGAAUGUAUUAAAUCGAUACCUCAUGAAGUGUUUUCAUUUUCAAAGAUAUGGAUAAUGUACUCUAGUUUUGAAAUUCGUCAAUUAAAUUUAGAUAUAGCACGUAAAAUCUAUGGUCAAGCAAUUGGUCGUCAUCCAAAGAGUAAAAUAUUUGAUAGUUAUAUCCAUUUGGAAAUUGAAUUGGGUAAUUUUGAAAAUGUACGUAGCAUCUAUGGAAAAUAUUUGGAACUUAUGCCAGAUAACUGCGAAGCAUGGUCUAAAUUUGCACAAUUAGAAACCGAAUUGGGUGAAAUCGAUAGAGCCAGAGCUAUAUUUGAAAUUGCAGUACAACAACCAAACCUCGACAGACCUGAGGUCAUUUGGAAGGAUUAUAUCGAUUUUGAAAUUGAACAACAACAAUACAAGAAUGCAGAAAAACUUUAUAGACGUUUAUUGGAAAAAACAAACCAUGUUAAAGUAUGGCUUGGUUUCGUCAAAUUUAUUCAUUCAUCAAAUGGUGGUGUCGCAUCACUAACAAGACCAUUCUACCAAGAAGCUCACAAAUCAUUACAAAACUCUGACAAAGAAGAAAGAUUAAUACUUUUAGAGAACUGGAAAGAGUUUGAACAAAACUUUGGUGAUCAAGAAUCAUUGGACCAAGUUUUAAAGAAAAUACCUCAAAGAAUUAUCAAAAAAAGAACAAACCAAGAUGGUAUUACCGAAGAAUACUUUGAAUAUAUUUUCCCAGAAGAACAAACUCAAUCAACCACAUCAAAAUUAUUGGAAGCUGCUCAAAGAUGGAAAAAAUCAAAACAACAAUAAAACUAUAUUGUCAUCAUAAAUAAAAUAAAAAUAAAAUAUAAAAUAUUAAAAUAAAAU